AUAGCGGUGGUGUAUGGUGGCUGGGUCUGACAUGAUGCCCGGCCAGAUCCCUGACCCCUCCCUGACGGCCGGCUCCUUGCCCAGCCUGGGCCUGCUGGCCGGCAUAUCUGCCACCACGCUCACCGACCAGCUCAAACUGGCACAGGACUUCAGGAACCUGGGCGCCAUGUUGUCACCGCUGCAUUUCCUGGGACGGCUGGGCAAGAGGCCGCUCUCUGCUAUCAAGGGAGAGGUGAGGAGGAGGAGGUUGUGGAGGAAGAGAAGAAUGGUGGAUGUUGAUAUUUUUGAGGGAUGCCAUGUUCUGUUUUUUAUGAUCGACUGAGGUUUAGAUGUCAGCCUGUCUAACUUUUAGCUCCACCAAGUGGGCAAUUUCAGAAGCAGUUUAGAUGUUACACAACUUAAAGGUCCAGUGCAGCCAUUUUGAUCUCGAUAUCAAAUCAUUUCUGGGGAACAAUUAAGUACCUUACUGUGUUUUAAAUAAAAAAAAUAAAAAAAAUAAAAAAAUUGCUUCUUAGCAAAGAGACAUUUCUCAAGCAAGAAUUGGCUAGGACUGUCUGGGAGUGGUCUGAGUGGGGAGGGGACAACUGAAAACUAGCUGUUAUUGGCUGAGAGGUUUGGAACUCUCUUUCUUAUUGGUCUGUUAACUAAUUCACGGCCUGGUAAAAACUCCAUCCCACCAAAACAGGCUGAAAUUUCAGGUGGUCUUUUCAAACAGCUCUUACACUAAAAGGGCAUUUUACACAAUUUCACAGUAUUAUUCCAACCUCAUAGUGUGGAAAUAUAUAUAAAACACAGGAAAAUCGUGUUUUUGACUGCACUGGGCCUUUAAUAAUUUCAAUCUAGGGUUCUCUUAAUCUAUUCACUUUUGCCUCCAAGAUGGCAAGCACAGGUAUCAAACUGAGACAUAGUUACUUGAAAUUCACAAUAAAACAAAAAUAGGAGUGAAACACCAUUGCCCCAGGAGUAUAAAAUGCAGGAAAGAUAGAACCCAAGGUUGGAAUAACUAUAUUUAAUAAUAUGUAGGCCUUGAAAAAGUUCACCAUUAGCUGAUCACAGCACUUCUUCUCCCUGCAGAUGGACGAGGACGAUGACAGGAGGAAACGGAGGAGGGAUAAAAACAAAGUGGCAGCAGCACGAUGUCGGAACAAGAAGAAGGAGAGAACAGACUUCCUCCAAAGGGUCAGUCUCCUUUCUUUUUCAAAAUGGCGGCAGAGUUCUUUAUGUACACUACCGGUAAAACGUUUUAGAACACCUACUCUUUCAAGGGUUUGCUUUAUUUUUUAAACUAUUUUCUACAUUGUAAAAUAAUAGUGAAUACAUCAAAACUAUGAAAUAACACAUAUUGAAUCAUGUAGUAACCAAAAAAGUGUUAAACAAAUCAAAUUAUAUUUUACAUUUGAGAUUCUUCAAAUAGCCACCCUUUGCCUUGAUGACAGCUUUGCACACACUUGGCAUUCUCUCAACCAGCUUCAUGAGGUAGUCACUUGGAAUGCAUUUCAAUUAACAGGUGUGCCUUCUUAAAAGUUUAUUUGUGGAAUUUCUUUCCUUCUUAAUGCGUUUGAGCCAAUCAGUUGUGUUGUGACAAGGUAGGGGGGUAUACAGACGAUAGCCCUAUUUGGUAAAAGACCAAGUCCAUAUUAUGGCAAGAACAGCUCAAAUAAGCAAAGAGAAACGACAGUCCAUCAUUACUUUAAGACAUGAAGGUCAGUCAAUACAGAACAUUUCAAGAACUUUGAAAGUUUCUUCAAGUGCAGUCGCAAAAACCAUGAAGUGCUAUGAUGAAACUGGCUCUCAUGAGGACCGCCACAGGAAAGGAAGACCCAGAGUUACCUCUGCUGCAGAGGAUAAGUUCAUUAGAGUUACCAGCCUCAGAAAUUGCAGCCCAAAUAAAUGCUUCACAGAGUUCAAGUCACAGACACAUCUCAACAUCAACUGUUCAGUGGAGACUGUGUGAAUCAGGCCUUCAUUGUCGAAUUGCUGCAAAGAAACCACUACUAAAGGACACCAAUAAUAAGAAGAGACCUGCUUGGGCCAAGAAACACGAGAAAUGGACAUUAGACUGGUGGAAAUGUGUCCUUUGGUCUGGAGUCCAAAUUGGAGAUUUUUGGUUCCAACCGCCGUUUCUUUGUGAGACGCGGUGUGGGUGAACGGAUGAUCUCCGCAUGUGUAUUUCCCACCGUAAAACAUGGAGGAGGAGGUGUUAUGGUGUGGGGGUGCUUUGCUGGUGACACUGUCUGUGAUUUAUUUAGAAUUCAAGGCACACUUAACCAGCAUGGCUACCACAGCAUUCUGCAGCGAUACGCCAUCCCUUCUGGUUUGGGCUUAGUUGGACUCUCAUUUGUUUUUCAACAGGACAAUGACCCAAACACACCUCCAGGCUGUGUAAGGGCUAUUUUACCAAGACGGAGAGUGAUGGAGUGCUGCAUCAGAUGACCUGGCCUCCACAAUCCCCCGUCCUCAACCAAAUUGAGAUGGUUUGGGAUGAGUUGGACCGCAGAGUGAAGGAAAAGAAGCCAACAAGUGCUCAUCAUAUGUGGGAACUCCUUCAAGACGGUUGGAAAAGCAUUUCCUGGUGAAACUGGUUGAGAGAAUGCCAAGAGUGUGCAAAGCUGUCAUCAAGGCAAAGGGUGACUAUUUGAAGAAUCUCAAAUAUAAAAUGUAUUUUGAUUUGUUUAACACUUUUUUUUGGUUACUACAUGAUUCCAUAUGUGUUAUUUCAUAGUUCUGAUGUCUUCACUAUUAUUCUACAAUGUAGAACAUAGUAACAAAAGAAAGGAAAAACGUUGAAUGAGUCGGUGUUCUAAAACUUUUGACCGGUAGUGUAGACUCUGGUGUUCUUUAUAUACUCAAUAAAAAAUAUAAACACAACAUGCAACAACUUCAACGAUUUUGAGUUACAGUUCAUAUAAGGAAAUCAGUCAAUCGAAAUAAAUUCAUUAGGCCCUAAUCUAUGGAUUUCACAUGACUGGGCAGGGGCUCAGCCAUGCGUGGGCAUGGGAGGGCAUAGGCCCACCCACUGGGGAGCCAGGCCCAGCCAAUCAGAAUUAGUUUUCCCCCACAAAAGGGCUUUAUUACAGACAUAAAUACUCCGCAGUUUCAUCAGCUCUCCGGGUGGCUGGUCUCAGAUGAUCCCGCAGGUGAAGAAGCCGGAUGUGGAGGUCCUGGGCUGGCGUGGUUACACGUGGUCUGAGGUUGUGAGGCCGGUUAGACAUACUGCCAAAUGUUCUAAAACGAGAAAUGGUAGAGAAUUGAACAUUACAUUCUCUGGCAACAGCUCUGGUGGACAUUCCAGCAGUCAGCAUGCCAAUUGCACACUCCCUCAAAACUUGAGACAUCUGUGGUAUUGUGUUGAGUGACAAAACUGCACAUUUUAGAGUGGCCUUUUAUUGACCCCAGCACAAGGUGCACCUGUGUAAUGAUCAUGCUGUUUAAUCAGCUUCUUGAUAUGCCACACCUGUCAGGUGGAUGGAUGAUCUUGGCAAAGGAGAAAUGCUCACUAACAGGGAUGGAAACAAAUUUGUGCCCACAAUUUGAGAGAAAUAAGGUUUUUAUGAUAUCUUGAUAUUUUAUUUCAGUUUAGGAAACAUGGGACCAACACUUUACAUGUUGCGUUUAUAUUUUUGUUAAGUAUAUACACUCUGGUGUUCUUUAUAUAUACUCUGGUGUUCAGUAUAUAUAUAUUAUGGUGUUCAGUAUAUAUACUCUGGUGUUCAGUAUAUAUACUCUGGUGUUCUUUAUAUAUACUAUGGUGUUCUUUAUAUAUACUCUGGUGUUCAGUAUAUAUACUAUGGUGUUCUUUAUAUAUACUCUGGUGUUCUUUAUAUAUACUCUGGUGUUCAGUAUAUAUACUCUGGUGUUCUUUAUAUAUAAUCUGAUGUUCUUUAUAUAUACUCUGGUGUUCUUUAUAUAUACUCGGGUGUUCUUUAUAUAUACUCUGAUGUUCUUUAUAUAUACUCUGGUGUUCUUUAUAUAUACUCUGGUGUUCUUUAUAUAUACUCUGAUGUUCUUUAUAUAUACUCUGGUGUUCAGUAUAUAUACUCUGGUGUUCUUUAUAUAUACUAUGGUGUUCUUUAUAUAUACUCUGAUGUUCUUUAUAUAUACUCUGGUGUUCAGUAUAUAUACUCUGGUGUUCAGUAUAUAUACUCUGGUGCUCAGUAUAUAUACUCUGGUGUUCUUUAUAUAUACUCUGGCGUUCUUUAUAUAUACUCUGGUGUUCUUUAUAUAUACUCUGGUGUUCAGUAUAUAUACUCUGGUGUUCUUUAUAUAUACACUCUGGUGUUCUUUAUAUAUACUCUGGCGUUCUUUAUAUAUACUCUGGUGUUCUUUAUAUAUACUCUGGUGUUCAGUAUAUAUACUCUGGUGUUCUUUAUAUAUACACUCUGGUGUUUUUUAUAUAUACUCUGAUGUUCUUUAUAUAUACUCUGGUGUUCUUUAUAUAUACUCUGGUGUUCUUUAUAUAUACUCUGGUGUUCAGUAUAUAUACUCUGGUGUUCUUUAUAUAUACACUGGUGUUCUUUAUAUAUACUCUGGUGUUCUUUAUAUAUACUCUGGUGUUCUUUAUAUAUACUCUGGUGUUUUUUAUAUAUACUCUGGUGUUCUUUAUAUAUACUCUGGUGUUCUAUAUAUAUACUCUGAUGUUCUUUAUAUAUACUCUGGUGUUCUUUAUAUAUACUCUGGUGUUCUAUAUAUAUACUCUGAUGUUCUUUAUAUAUACUCUGGUGUUCUUUAUAUAACUCUGAUGUUCUUUAUAUAUACUCUGGUGUUCAGUAUAUAUACUCUGGUGUUCUUUAUAUAUACACUCUGGUGUUUUUUAUAUAUACUCUGGUGUUCUUUAUAUAUACUCUGAUGUUCUUUAUAUAUACUCUGGUGUUCUUUAUAUAUACUCUGAUGUUCUUUAUAUAUACUUUGGUGUUCAGUAUAUAUACUCUGGUGUUCUUUAUAUAUACUCUGGUGUUCUUUAUAUAUACUCUGGUGUUUUUUAUAUAUACUCUGGUGUUCUUUAUAUAUACUCUGAUGUUCUUUAUAUAUACUCUGGUGUUCUUUAUAUAUACUCUGGUGUUCUUUAUAUAUACUCUGAUGUUCAGUAUAUAUACUCUGGUGUUCUUUAUAUAUACACUGGUGUUCAGUAUAUAUACUCUGGUGUUCUUUAUAUAUACUCUGGUGUUUUUUAUAUAUACUCUGGUGUUCUUUAUAUAUACUCUGGUGUUCUAUAUAUAUACUCUGAUGUUCUUUAUAUAUACUCUGGUGUUCUUUAUAUAUACUCUGGUGUUCUAUAUAUAUACUCUGGUGUUCUUUAUAUAACUCUGAUGUUCUUUAUAUAUACUCUGGUGUUCAGUAUAUAUACUCUGGUGUUCUUUAUAUAUACUCUGAUGUUCUUUAUAUAUACUCUGGUGUUCUUUAUAUAUACUCUGAUGUUCUUUAUAUAUACUCUGGUGUUCAGUAUAUAUACUCUGGUGUUCUUUAUAUAUACUCUGAUGUUCUUUAUAUAUACUCUGGUGUUCUUUAUAUAUACUCUGGUGUUCUUUAUAUAUACUCUGAUGUUCUUUAUAUAUACUCUGGUGUUCUUUAUAUAUACUCUGAUGUUCUUUAUAUAUACUCUGGUGUUCAGUAUAUAUACUCUGGUGUUCUUUAUAUAUACUCUGAUGUUCUUUAUAUAUACUCUGAUGUUCUUUAUAUAUACUCUGGUGUUCAGUAUAUAUACUCUGGUGUUCUUUAUAUAUACUCUGAUGUUCUUUAUAUAUACUCUGGUGUUCAGUAUAUAUACUCUGAUGUUCUUUAUAUAUACUCUGAUGUUCUUUAUAUAUACUCUGGUGUUCAGUAUAUAUACUCUGGUGUUUUUUAUAUAUACUCUGAUGUUCUUUAUAUAUACUCUGGUGUUCUUUAUAUAUACUCUGAUGUUCUUUAUAUAUACUCUGGUGUUCAGUAUAUAUACUCUGGUGUUCUUUAUAUAUACUCUGAUGUUCUUUAUAUAUACUCUGAUGUUCUUUAUAUAUACUCUGGUGUUCUUUAUAUAUACUCUGGUGUUCUUUAUAUAUACUCUGAUGUUCAGUAUAUAUACUCUGGUGUUCUUUAUAUAUACACUGGUGUUCAGUAUAUAUACUCUGGUGUUCUUUAUAUAUACUCUGGUGUUUUUUAUAUAUACUCUGGUGUUCUUUAUAUAUACUAUGGUGUUCUUUAUAUAUACUCUGGUGUUCUUUAUAUAUACUCUGAUGUUCUUUAUAUAUACUCUGGUGUUCUUUAUAUAUACUCUGGUGUUCAGUAUAUAUACUCUGGUGUUCUUUAUAUAUACUCUGGUGUUCUUUAUAUAUACUCUGGUGUUCUUUAUAUAUACUCUGGUGUUCUUUAUAUAUACUAUGGUGUUCUUUAUAUAUACUCUGGUGUUUUUUAUAUAUACUCUGGUGUUCUUUAUAUAUACUCUGAUGUUCUUUAUAUAUACUCUGGUGUUCUUUAUAUAUACUAUGGUGUUCUUUAUAUAUACUCUGGUGUUCUUUAUAUAUACUCUGGUGUUCUUUAUAUAUACUCUGGUGUUCUUUAUAUAUACUCUGAUGUUCUUUAUAUAUACUCUGGUGUUCAGUAUAUAUACUCUGGUGUUCUAUAUAUAUACACUCUGGUGUAGAAGAUAAAAUAGAUUAUAUGAUUACUUAUAAAUGAUUUGUGAAGAAUCUAUGUAGUGUUUAUAAAGACGUUAUGAAUGCUCUGUCAAGUAUUUAUGUUAUAGUCAGGGUUGGGUAGGUUCCUUUCUAAAUGUAAUCCAUUACAGUUACUAGUUACCUGUCCAAAAUUGUAAUCAGUAACACAACUUUCGGAUUGACCAACAUAAUCCGAUUCCUUUCAGUUACUUUUAAAUUACUUUUCCCUCAAGAAGCAUUAGAAGAAGACGAAAAUGAAUAUUACCAAUUUACAUUUAUUAUUGCAGGAUAAAUCAAUGUUAGCGUGUACAUAGCUGGCCAUAAAUGGAUGUUGCAUUUUACUUUAUGGGUUAUGUAGGCUUCUUCUAACCCAUUGCUUUCUACUACAGAUAAUAGUAUGAUUAGGCUAUAUCUUUACAUUAAAAACCAAAGUCUGUCAGAUUUCCAGUCAUUCCAAUUAAUGUAAUACUCCUUGAUCUUCAAGAAUAGGACUUGGAAAAAUAGAUGAGCCAAAUUGUUUGACCUGAGCAUAACCCCAAAAACUAAGGACUAAUUAGCCUACUCUGUUGUUUAUGAUUUUGUUGUCAUGGAGGACUGAUUGGGCUCAUUUCUUCCAGUUGAAAAAUAAAAUGCUGCUCUCAUUGAAUGUUAUGCUUUGAGCACUACCGAAAAGUGCUAUUUGCAUGCUGCAUUUACUAUAGGCCUAUUGUUUACAUUUUAGUUGGUGACACUUUAAUAUCUUGAUAAUUUGCAGCUGUUUAAGUCUAUCAGAAGCAGCAGUGUGAUUCACAUCAAUGUAGAUAUCAAUAAUAAUAAUAUCUAAAUGAGAGAGUAGCGGUGUGAUUCACAUCAAUGUAGAUAUCAAUAAUAAUAUCUAAAUGAGAGAGUAGCAGUGUGAUUCACAUCAAUGUAGAUAUCAAUAAUAAUAUCUAAAUGAGAGAGUAGCAGUGUGAUUCACAUCAAUGUAGAUAUCAAUAAUAAUAUCUAAAUGAGAGAGUAGCAGUGUGAUUCACAUCAAUGUAGAUAUCAAUAAUAAUAUCUAAAUGAGAGAGCAGCGGUGUGAUUCACAUCAAUGUAGAUAUCAAUAAUAAUAUCUAAAUGAGAGAGCAGCAGUGUGAUUCACAUCAAUGUAGAUAUCAAUAAUAAUAUCUAAAUGAGAGAGAAGCGGUGUGAUUCACAUCAAUGUAGAUAUCAAUAAUAAUAAUAUCUAAAUGAGAGAGCAGCAGUGUGAUUCACAUCAAUACGCUACGUAGAUGAUCAACAAUAAGUGAUAUCCGUAUCUGAUUGGUGGUCACCAUUUGGUGUGUCAUCAUAGUGGUCUCUGAUUGGUGGUCAUCAUUUGGUGUGUCAUCAUAGUGGUUUCUGAUUGGUGGUCACCAUUUGGUGUGUCAUCAUAGUGGUCUCUGAUUGGUGGUCAUCAUUUGGUGUGUCAUCAUAGUGGUCUCUGAUUGGUGGUCAUCAUUUGGUGUGUCAUCAUAGUGGUUUCUGAUUGGUGGUCAUCAUUUGGUGUGUCAUCAUAGUGGUCUCUGAUUGGUGGUCAUCAUUUGGUGUGUCAUCAUAGUGGUCUCUGAUUGGUGGUCACCAUUUGGUGUGUCAUCAUAGUGGUCUCUGAUUGGUGGUCAUCAUUUGGUGUGUCAUCAUAGUGGUUUCUGAUUGGUGGUCACCAUUUGGUGUGUCAUCAUAGUGGUCUCUGAUUGGUGGUCAUCAUUUGGUGUGUCAUCAUAGUGGUCUCUGAUUGGUGGUCAUCAUUUGGUGUGUCAUCAUAGUGGUUUCUGAUUGGUGGUCAUCAUUUGGUGUGUCAUCAUAGUGGUCUCUGAUUGGUGGUCAUCAUUUGGUGUGUCAUCAUAGUGGUUUCUGAUUGGUGGUCAUCAUUUGGUGUGUCAUCAUAGUGGUCUCUGAUUGGUGGUCAUCAUUUGGAGUGUCAUAGUGGUCUCUGAUUGGUGGUCACCAUUUGGUGUGUCAUCAUAGUGGUCUCUGAUUGGUGGUCAUCAUUUGGUGUGUCAUCAUAGUGGUCUCUGAUUGGUGGUCAUCAUUUGGUGUGUCAUCAUAGUGGUCUCUGAUUGGUGGUCAUCAUUUGGUGUGUCAUUAUAGUGGUCUCUGAUUGGUGGUCAUCAUUUGGUGUGUCAUCAUAGUGGUCUCUGAUUGGUGGUCAUCAUUUGGUGUGUCAUUAUAGUGGUCUCCGACUUGUGGUCAGACUUUUUUUCAACUUGCUCCUUUUUUCAACACUGAUUUGAAUGUCAUUGAGAAAACAGAAAGGUGUCAAAUAUUUUUUCCCGCAAACAUCCUUUCUGAAUUUAAAAGUAAUCGUAGAAGUAAUCAUCUAGUUUUUCAAAAGUAUCUGUAAUCAGAUUUUUUUUUAUGCUGGUAAAGUAAAAGAUUUUACAUCUGUUACAUGGAAUCCAUUACACCCCAGUCCUGCUUCUAGUUUGUUUAAAGUGGGUCGUAAUUGUAAAAGAGAAAGUUCUCGAUGACUUCCUGGUUAAAUAAAGGCUAACUCGAUGACCUAACAGUAUAUCCCCUCCCCUCUCUGUCCUCCCUGUAGGAGUCGGAGCGUCUGGAGGUGGUGAACUCUGACCUGAAGGCCCAGAUCGAGGAGCUGAGGAUGGAGAGACAGCAGCUGAUGGUGAUGCUCAACCUCCACCGCCCCACCUGCAUCGUCCGCACCGACAGCGUCAACACCCCCGAGAGCGAGGCCAACCCCCUGCUCCAACACCUGGCCGCCGAAAAGCUGGAGGCCUCCAAGUGAAACCACAGAGGUAAAGUGAAACCGAAGGGCGGGAAGGAAGGAAUCAGCCGGAAAAAACAACUGUCAUCAUGAUCACGAAAGAUUUUUUUUAAAAUCACCUGAUGCUUUUGUUGUUGAAGCACUUAUGUACUGUCUUGAGCUCCAUGCUAGAGACUUUUGGAGACUCUUGUCUGUCUUUGCCCAAAGACCCGGGGUUGUUAGGGUUCCGUUGCCUUGGUAACACCUUGGUAACAUUACCUGAGCGGGUUCUGAGGGAAGAGGGAGGAGCCUAAUGCCCAACCCAGUUAUCUCAGCAUCAAUAAUAAGUGUUGUUUGUUUUUGAAACCCAGUCAGUGCCUCACAGUUUACUUACUGCGACCAACCAUCAUUACAAUAAAGGGACAGAUGGAAGACGUUAGUGGAAACUUUUAACGUUGAAGAGGAAACACUAAGGUUAAUCACUAUGGUGCUCUGUUACCGCCAUUUACUGGCACUGAGACAAAACAAAGGGGUUGUUGUUGUUGUUGUGAUAUUCUAAACAUGUAUAACGGUAGAGGCCCACAGGUGUAGCCAGCCAGAGUACUGUGUACCAUGUUGAAAUAUACAGGUGAAGUAGUAUUCUAGGAUCUGUCCAUUACAUGCAUUCAAUGUAUAUACCAAGUCGUUUUUGUUUUUUUGUAUUUUAUAUUAUAAUGCUAAUUGUUUUUAUAUUCUCUGCCUUGACGAUGGAAGUAUCCGGUUGAUCCGACUUGAGGUGACGCUGGCGUCAUAAAUAAAAGCACAUAAAAACUAUAUGAAAUAAUGUUUACACUCCUGUUGUUAUAAAAAGGCAAUGUUAAUUCAAAUGUCUGUCUUUCAAUGUACUUAUUUUAUACCCCUUUAUAUAUAUAUAUACAUAUAUAUUGUGUAUGAAAUGCCCUGUAUUGUUGUAAUCACUUGAUGUGAUUUUGCAUUUUACAUCAGUGUCUGUCCAGUUGUAUUUUUCAAUAUUAAAGGCCCUGUGCAGUCA